AUGCUCCGCCGCGUUGCUGCCACUCGUCGUGCCCCGGUCUCUGCUGCCUCCUUCCUGAGGAGCUCAUGGAACGCCCCUGCCGCUGCCAGGCUCUACUCUGCCAAGAGCGGUGAUCACAUCAUCGGUAUCGAUCUCGGUACCACCAACUCGUGCGUGGCCAUCAUGGAGGGCUCUACGCCUCGCGUGAUCGAGAACUCGGAGGGUGAGCGCACCACUCCCUCGGUGGUGGCCUUCGUCAAGGACGACCACGGCACCAACCGUCUGGUCGGCGCCACUGCCAAGCGUCAGGCCGUGACCAACCCCACCAACACCUUCUUCGCCGUCAAGCGUCUCAUCGGCCGCGAUUUCAACGACCCGAUGACCCAGAAGGAUCUCAAGAUGGUGCCCUACAAGAUUGUCCGUCACUCGAACGGCGAUGCCUGGCUCGAGGACAGCUGGGGCAAGAAGUACUCGCCCAGCGAGAUCAGCGCCUUCACCCUCACCAAGAUGAAGGAGACCGCGGAGGGCUACCUCGGCACCCAGGUCAAGAAGGCCGUCAUCACCGUGCCCGCCUACUUCAACGAUUCUCAGCGUCAGGCCACCAAGGACGCCGGCAAGAUCGCCGGUCUCCAGGUUGAGCGUAUCAUCAACGAGCCCACUGCCGCCGCCCUCGCCUACGGUCUUACCAACAAGGGUGGCGAGACCGUCGCCGUCUACGAUCUCGGUGGUGGUACCUUCGAUAUCUCCAUUCUCGAAAUCUCCAAGGAGGGUGUCUUCGAGGUGAAGGCCACCAACGGUGAUACUUUCCUCGGCGGUGAGGAUUUCGAUAACACUCUCAUGCAGCACCUCGUGGGCGAGUUCAAGAAGGCCGAGGGCAUCGAUCUCUCCAAGGACAAGCUCGCUCUCCAGAGGCUGAAGGAGGCCGCCGAGAAGGCCAAGUGCGAGCUCUCUUCCACCGUGUCGACCGAGAUCAACUUGCCCUUCAUCACUGCCACCGCUGAGGGUCCCAAGCACCUCCACAUCAAGCUCACCCGCGCCCAGUUCGAGUCGCUCGUCGAUCCCCUCGUCCAGCGCACCAUCGAUCCCUGCAAGUCCUGCCUCAAGGAUGCCGGCCUCGACAAGUCCGACAUCAACAACGUCCUGCUCGUCGGCGGCAUGACCCGUAUGCCCAAGGUCCAGGAGGUCGUCAAGCAGUUCUACGGCAAGCAGCCCAGCAAGGGUGUCAACCCCGAUGAGGCCGUCGCCGUCGGUGCCGCCAUCCAGGCUGGCGUGCUCAAGGGUGACGUCAAGCAGCUCCUGCUGCUCGACGUGACGCCUCUCUCGCUCGGCAUUGAGACUCUCGGUGGCGUGUGCACCAAGCUCAUCACCAGGAACACCACCAUCCCCACCAAGAAGUCCCAGGUCUUCUCCACCGCCGCCGACGGCCAGACCGAGGUCGAGAUCAAGGUCCUCCAGGGAGAGCGCCACAUGGCCAACGACAACAAGACCCUUGGCUCCUUCAUCCUCUCCGGCAUCCCGCCCGCCCCCAAGGGCGUGCCCCAGGUCGAGGUCACCUUCGACAUCGACGCCAACGGCAUCGUCAACGUCUCCGCCCGCGACAAGGCCACCGGCAAGGAGCAGGCCAUCCGCAUCCAGUCCUCCGGCGGUCUCUCUGAGUCGGAGAUCGACCGCAUGGUCAAGGACGCCGAGACCCACGAGGAGGAGGACCGCAAGCGCAAGGACCAGACCGAGGCCCGCAACCACGCCGAGUCCGUCAUCUACGACAUCGAGAAGAACCUCAACGAGUUCAAGGAGCACGUCGACCAGACCGAGGCCGAGCGUCUGCGCGAGCAGAUCACCGAGCUCAGGAAGACCUUGGAGUCGGCCGACGACCACCAGGCCAUCAAGUCCGGCGCCGAUUCGCUCCAGCGCGAGUCCCUCAAGGCCUUCGAGUCGGCCUACAAGCAGAAGGCCUCGUCCAACGACAGCGGCAGCAGCAGCAGCACCGAGAACAAGGAGGACGACACCCCCGACGCCGACAUCAAGAAGUAG